UAACGUUAUUUGAUUUAUAUCUCUGAUUUGUUUAAUGCUGACCUGUACGAACGUAUCCUUUACUUGAUACAUAUUUUAUUAUAUUCGCAAUUAUUGUGAUUAUUGAAGUGUUGAUGGUCAAACUUCCUGCUUGUCCCACGCACGUGCGCGUGAAGUGCGUGUCACUCUGGUAACGCGCACCUGCUAGAUCAACGCACAGCGUGUCACUGUGACAGCUGCUACAACAAAACCAUUAAACUACUUUUAUCGAAUUUACCGACUUCACCCGAGGUUUACAUCUGAUCUGAGUGCAAAAUCCGGUGAUCAUGUCCACUACAGAGGUGGAAAAAACUGCUGAUGAGAGUGUUGAUGAAGAGACGGACUGGCUUUAUGGGGAUAAUUUUGCUGAUGAAGAGACUACAGAAAAAGAAGUCUUCAGUGCUCUCAUUGGUGAUGUUGAUGGUGUGAAUGAACUAAAUUAUCAGGAGAGUGAAUCAGAUAGUGAUGAUGAUGUGUGCGUGACCAUCGGGGACAUUAAAACAGGUGGAUCCCAGAGCUUAUCAUUAGGGUCCAGUUCAAUAAGUCUAAACAUAAAAUCCUCAGGCUGUAAGUCCAGAGUACUGGAAGUGGAUGCUGAAGGCAAUGUCCUGGAGACAGAUGGGGAGCCUUUUGAAGAGAAGCCAUGGAGGAAGCCAGGUGCAGAUCUUUCAGAUUAUUUUAACUACGGUUUUAAUGAGGACACCUGGAAGACGUACUGUGACAAACAUAGACGACUGCGCAUGAGCCUGGAGAUCUUGAGCUUGAGCUCAUCCGACAAAAUAACGGUCCAUCCAAGUUCCAGUGAUCUGUCAGAAUAUGCAUCCAUCUUAACCAGGAAGUCAAGCGGUACUAUCAAUGUUAUCGGAGGACAAACUGGGCCCAUCAGUCGAGUGGAAGGCCGAAGACGUCACGGCGCAGAUGAAAAUAACAUCCAGGUUGUGUCUGAGCAUUCCUCGGAUACAGAGCUACCUUCCCCAAAGCUGCUGCCCUUCUUUCCUCCAAAUAUUCCACCUCCACCUUUUCCUCCUCCCUCCAUCAGCACCACACCCCCUCUCAUACCCCCACCACCGCCUGGUUACCCUUUACCUCCUGGCGCCCCUCUGCCUAUGAUAAGGUCAGCAGCAUGCAGACGAGAGAGAGAGAAAAAAGUAACAAUGAGGGCGGUGGCGUAUAGAUACGGGAGAAGCUGCUGGCGAAUGUGUGCGGAUCAAUGCAAAUAUAGCAGAAUGUUACACGGGCAGCAGAGGGAGAGAGAGAAAGGAAGAGACAGAACAAGAAAGAGAGAGAGAAAGAGUGGGCAUUUGGGUGGAGGACGCUCAGUUCCACCAUUCAGUGAUGGACGCUCCAUUCCACCAUACCCCUUUCCUCCAGGUGUGUACCCACAUGCAUCGAGCAUGGCGUCUUGGCCCCGUGUUAUAAACAGUGGUAAACCAUGGGACUAUUACGGCCAUCAAAAAGAAAGGGAAAGAGAGAAAGGCCAUAAAAAAGAGCGAGAGAGAGAGCGAUACCGAGAAGGAGAUCAGAGUCCCUCCUCACAGGACCACAGAAGUGAAGAGGAGCGCCCGUCUCGACACAGAGAUCACACUCAUUACAGGAGAGAGAGGUAUCGGGAAAGCUCAGCAAGGGAAGGAGAGAGUGACAGACGUCGAGAGAAAAGACAAAGAGAGAGGAGUGAGCUACACCGAUCCUCUCGCAGUGGCAGCAGUAGGAGGCAUCAUUAUAGUGAUGACGCAGAUAGCCACAGGAGGCACAGGCACAAGCGCUCCAGACAUAAGCGAGAGAGCGGGGAACCCAGCGAGGAGUGCAGUGUGGAUCAGGAUAACCAGUCAGAGGUCCCUGAAUAAAUCCUUGACCAGUUGGUGAACCUGUUUGAUGACCAAUAGGAGGUAAAAGAUCACCAGUCAGAGCGACCAACUGCGGAGUGACCAACUGGUAAUCGUUUUUGACCAACCAAUGCCAAACACCAGCCAAUUUAUGUUACAUUUUUAGAUUUAAGAUUUAUUUCCUAAAAAAAAACAUCUUUAUGAAAAGUAAAGAAUGGCGCAAGGGGCGCCUCAUUUUUUAUUUAUGACUAUUAUUAUUUUUAAUUUAAAUAUUAUUAAUUUAUUCAUUUAAAAUUGCUGGAUAAUUUGGAAUGGUAUUUUUGUUGUUUCAAAUGUUAAUUG